AUGCAUCCACGGCAGACACAACAAGAACAGCAAUCACCGCAUCAAUCUCAAGAUUUGUUGUCUCUACCUCCUCCUUCGUCACAAGCUUGUAUGCAAUCGCCCUUGCAUCAAAUCCCCCAAUCGUACACAAUCGGUAAUGGUGGGAAUCUCAGGCAUGGUUUUGGCGACGGCAAGAAGCUACCGCGAAUCCAAGUCCCCGAGUAUAGCAUGUUGUCGACCCCCAUAUCCACGCCUAAUCCGGACCAAUUUGGGUAUGGCCGUAAUGGUAAUAGCCCUCCACCAUUAAUUGGCAAUCCGGAGGAAUCGGGUGGUCUCCCAAACAUGCAAAGUGCUGGCACAGGCAAGUAUAUAAAUGGGGGGUCUUCAGGAUUAUUUUCCUCUGAAGGAAAUAAUAAUAAUAACAACAAUAACGGGCUGUCACAAUCUACAAAGCUUAACAAUAGUAAUAUGACACUUCCAGCAACACCUUUACAAACUCCUCAAACAUCAACGUCGUCUUCUUGGGCAAACAUUGAACAACAGAGACGGCCAGCAUCUGGUGGCCAGUCAGGCUCUGGAGAAUUACAACAGCAACAACAUACAGCGCAUUCUGCAGAAAGUACUCCGGUGAAUGGUGGUAAUGGUAGUAGUAUACGGACUAGUGAGACUGGCCGUGUACGACUUCCAUCGCUUAAAAGUUUGGGCGAUGGGUUAUUAAGGCCGUCUUCUGCUUCCAAUACAAGUUUACCGCCGCUGGUAUUACCUGGUCGGGCAGGUUCUGCUAGUAACGAGCACAGAAGUAAUGGUAACAUUAGUGACAUGCCACUACCACUGCGUAGUCAUUCGUUUUCUGGACGCAGUGGAGGAGGACCUGUAUCUCCUGGAGGGCCUCGCCAGGUAACACUGCCACCUUUGGGAGCGGUGUCUGAGAGUCCGGAACAACUUCAGUCACCGUUUCAAAGUCAUAAUAAUAGUCCUUCGAGAUUACCUCCUCCUCCACCACACCACCACCACCACCACCACCAUCGUGGGUCUAUCAGCGGUAGUGGUAGCAGUGACGGUCCAGGAGGUAAUAAUUACACACACCUUCCACCUCAGCGUCCUGUGUCGCCAAUGAGUGGAUCUGUAGGGUCAGCUUACGGGAUGGUGACUCCACACACUCCGUCAACAGGCUCUUUUUCAGGGCAAGGGUACGGGUACCGUUCGAGACAUUAUUCGUACAGUGGUGCUCGUGAAGACGGAGGGUACUUUAGUGGUGCCAGUAACAAUAGCAGCAGUAGCAGUUUGGUUUCUCCAAUUGCAGGACAUGCUCCGACUGGACCUCCUCCUCCUCCUCCUCCUCCUCCACCACACUUUGCUCAACCUUCGCCGUCAAGGUAUGGGCCACCACCACCACCACCGCAAGGGUCUCAGCAGCAGCAGCAGCAGCAGCAGCAUCAGCAACAGGGGUACUCGCCAAACGGGCCGGUACCUCCUCGUACACCAAAGCUUGGCCAAUAUAAUGGGCCUUUUUAUGGGCCGUCAACACCUCCACCUCUACCACCAUCUCAAUCGUUGCACUCGCCACACACUCAGCGCUCUUUUGGAGGUGGGUUUGCGCCGCACGCGCCACACACGCCGCAGCACCAGAUUAUUGGCGGACCACCACCACCACCACCUCCUCAAGGUCCAUCAUCAUAUGAAGCAACACCAAGAGGUCUUGGAUUGGGAAUUUUUGCACCUGUUGGAGGAAUUCCAGGAGCUCCUAUACAGGCGUAUCCUCCUCCUCAUCCUUCUCAUCCUCCUCAUCCUCCUCCUCAUCCUCAUUCUCAUUCUCAUUCUCAUUCUCAUCCCCAUGGAAUGUUAUCUGGGGGGCCACCACCUCCACCACCUGGAGAGGUUUGUGGUAGCCAUCAGCUGGUGGGUGGAGCACCACCCGUGUAUCAUCACCACCAGCAACAGGCACAUCCCCACCAACACCAUCACGCGGCGCACGGCGCACACGUGGGAGCUCAGUUUAAGACGACGCCCAUGUUGGAGCUGACAGCUUCACGGGAAAUUAAAAGGCGAACAAAGACUGGGUGCUUGACGUGCCGCAAACGUCGAAUCAAGUGUGAUGAACGGUUCCCCACAUGCUUCAAUUGCGACAAGUCCAAGCGGGUUUGCUUGUCGUAUGAUCCGAUUUUUAAGCUCAAUCAGGACCGUCGACGUCGCCGAAGUUCAGGAUGGAUGAAACAACAACAACAACAAAGAUCUAGGAGUGAAGAUGAAACAGAUAUUAAUGAAGAAGAACUAGAUCAGGACACUGAAGAAGAAGAAGAAACCACUACGCCGAUACCUGUGAGCCCCCCAAGACGGAUCAACAAGAUGGACAUUAGCAGUUUACUGGAUGCUGCUGCAGUACUGGAGACUGGAGGAUCACCUAUGAGUCGAGGAUCUAGUACUUGCAGUAGCAACAAUGGGUCAGGGUCUGAGCGCAAGCGCAGUCUAAGUAAUCCCGAUGGUAAUGCGUCGUUGAACAUGUUGGCGACGAAUGCGAGUUCCAAACGUCAGAAGCGAGGAGAAGAAGAUGGUGGUAUUAUUGUUGAACGACGUCAGAUGCGGUCUCAGAAACGAUGGUUUGAAACUCGGCAGUGUCGGACCUGGGAAGGUGUUGAACGGUUAUUUGCACAUCAUUUGGCAAGCCACUUGGAUGCUGUAUUUAAUUUGGGGAAUGCUCGAUUUGCAGGAAUUAAGGUGUUGAAUCUUGCACGAAGUGCUGGGUUACCUCUGGAUGGAUCUGGGACUAUGACAAUUCCUGGCAGUAACUCUUCAUCACGAGGGAAUGCAGCAUAUUGUGCUGGAGCUGGAGCUGGUCUAUCGUUUAGUGCAAAUGGAGGUGGUGGUGUUGGUUGUGUUGGUGGUAACGGUAAUGGGAUGCCAUUGGAUGCUGAAUCUGCGGCUGCAAUGGCUGCUGCUGUGGCUGCGGCAACUGCCAGUUCGAAUUGUACUGUGAGAAUUGGUCAAGCACUUGCAAUUCUUGAAGCAGUGCGACAGUUGGUGGGAGCAACUUGUCCUAGUGUUGAUGUUGAUGGUCUUGGGAUUGACGAGGGGACUGUUGGCAAGCUUGAAGAGUUGCGGAUAUCUGGUGAUUAUAAGGCAGUACGAGCUGUGUGUCAGUUAUUGUUUAGUUGGAGUAAUGGUGUUGGUAGUGUUGGUAGUAUUGGAUCUCUGGGUCGACAUGGUCAUCAUGGUCAUCAUGGUCAUCAUGGUCAUCAUAAUCAUCAUAAUCAUCAUUAUAAGCAAGAUGGAGCUAGAAGACAAGGUCCAGGAGAGUUUUUGGCAGUUGGUGAAGGAGAUGAGAAGUUACUUGCCAAGAUUCGAGUUCUUGAUAGGGCUUCAAGGUUAGCUUUUGGAGAGGAAGUUGGAAAUCAGGAAUGCGGAGAAGAAGAAGAAAAUGAUGAUGAUGAUGAUGAUGAUGAUGGGAAUGGUAUGGUUGAUGUUUGUGUGAAUGGAGUAAAUGGAGUAAAUGGAGUGAAUGUUUUAGGGAAUGAUUGUGAUCUUGAAGAAGAGGUUGUUUGUCUUUUGAGAGCAUUGAAGCAAGGUCGUGCUGUUGAUGUUGAUUCAGCAUGGAUAUUUUUACGUUAUGUGACUAGUUGUGUUUCCCGUGGUCGAACUGAUAUUGUUGGUAGAUGUGAGCUUGGUGCAGUUGCUGGGUUUGCAUCUGCUGGUGAGGCCAGUUUGGAGACUGGAUCUGGGGUUGCUGAGAUGUUGUUAUUAUUUGGUGCAUAUUACUUUGUGAUGAGAGAGGAGCAAUUUUGUGGUAGUGUUGGUGGUAGUGAUGGCAAUAGCAAUGGCAAUGGAAUUGUUGGUAUGAGUUCCGAAUUGAAAGAACUUUUAGGGUCUGGAUGUAUCCGAUGGCCUGGCAAUGUUUUACUUGUUCGGUUGGGGAGUCGGAUUAUUUAA